CAGAUAAGUCAUUGAAAGUCAUGUGUAGAGUCGGGGAAUACUGCCUGAUUGUAGAAUCCCCAGAUUUCCAUGACUGCAUCGUGCUGGGGUCAAAAGCCUACUUGAGGCUGAUUGUGUGUGUGUUCCCUUCAUUUUAAAAAUGUUUUAUGAGCUCCAGGGCAUUUGUUUCAAAUGUGGAUUUCGAAACUUGAUGCCUUUGUAGUUUAUUUGCUAGGUAGGUCAUUUAUGUAUAGAGAUGAAUAUAGGUCGUUGUCAAUUUCAGUAUUUCGUGUUUGCAAAAUUAGAUUUCGCUGGACGUGAAGCUUAACAGCAGACCAGAGAAUUUAGGCCAAACCUGGAAAUUUAGUUGAUAUUGUGCAGUCUGAAUUGAGAGUGAUGAUACUGCAUCUGAGCGGGAGGGGGAAAGUAAAUUUUAUUUUUAAUAAAUAUCUUAAGUGUGAAACUUGUACCAAGACAUUUAUUCGACUCAGUAUGAAGACCGAGUCACUGGCCUUUCUGAAUUGCAGAGCAUCCAUUAAUGUACUAUAACCAACAAUAACAGUGCAGCAGUAUUUGAGAUAUUGGUUGUGCAGCUGCACUUCUGCAAAAUUAUCCCACAUUCAGCACAGUAUCCAGUUGGUUUGCAAUAUAGAAUAGUUGUCACAUGGAUGAAAACAAAUGAUGUUCUUAAGUUUGAGUAUGCAACAAGCUGCUGCUGCUCUUUUUCCUCUUGGAGUAAACAGCUGUAGUCCAGAUUUCUCCUUCUCCACAUGCUACAUCUUUCAUGCGCAGACAGGACACCACUGAUUUCAAACAGUCUCUGAAUUGUAGCCACCCUGGAGAAUGUGUGGUUUUAGAUUGUUGUCUUGCUGGGUUGUUUUCUUUGAGCUUUUUUUAAUUGUUCUUCAUGGUGUUUUACGCAGUGGUUACCUUUUUCUUGAAGCUCCAGCCUUACCAUUGAUCUGCAUACACUGUAUUCCCUGCCUCUGCUGUGUAAGUGGCUUGCCUGUGUCCGUACAGUAAAUUAGCGUUUAAUUGUCUGCUUCGGCAAAAUGGAACAGUGACCUAAAAAUGAAAAUGUUACAAAAUCAAAACGAGGACUUGAACAUAACUGUAAUGUAAAUGCAAAGUUAAAAAGGGGAAAAAAAGCCAAAGGAGCAAACAAGUGUCCUUUUGCAUCAAGAUGUGUAUUUGGGCAAGAUAAUGCUGUUCAGCAGGGAGGAGGGAGGGGCAAUACUAACUAAAAAUACCUUCAGUUUAUCCCUUUCCCAUUAAGUGACACUCGUGCCCCAAUAGAGGUAUAAUACAGGUGAAAAACUGGUUUCUUUUUUGGGUUGUGAGAGGCAAACUUAACAGGGACAUGGAAAAAACAAAUGUUAUUCCCAUAAAAGACUCUUUUGUGGAAAAGAAGUGAAUUCACGUCUUCUCUAAACCUUUGAAUCUGUCUUCCACCUUCUUUAUUUUGCUGUAAGGUCUGCCUGGGUUGUUUCAUUUAGUGGAAUUAAGAGCAGUGGCUAGUUUCUAUGACUUUAGGUGUAUAUCUUUUGUGUCUCUCCCCACUAACUAUCUGAUAAAAUGUUAUCUUUUUACAGGUUUAAGUAAGAAUGUGGGGAAAAAAACAGUAUCUGAAGUGUAGAAAGCUGAAAAAUCUUUUAAAUCCUACAAAAGAGUGCAUCUUUCUCUUUGUGCUUGCUGUGUGUAGGUUUUUAAUGCUGAUUUCCCCAAAUCUCUGAUGGCCUGUAAUGUUACAGAGAUAAAAAUUACUACAGUUGAUCAACUGCAAUAAAGUAUGUCACUGGAAUACAAAAAGAUGCUGUCACUUUAAUUGGGAGAGCUUUGCAUAUUCUAGUAGGCACCACACAAUGUUGCUAGAUCCAAUCACAGACACUGAGUCCAGCUAUUGGCUCAGCUUCCUCUGGACUCCUGAUUCCAUCUGCGGGGGUUACAAUUUCUACUCUCCUCAUCCAUUCAACUCCUGUAGUCAGCAAAACAACCCAGCACAGACUACUGUAGCAGGCAUCUCUCUCAGAAUCCCUGGGAACUGUAUCCUUGUGCAGACGUGGUGCUGGUAGCACCACUGCAGCAACACUAAAUCUAGGUCUGUCAAACGAGGCAGAGCAAGCAAGCGAGGGAGAGGGAGCAAGCAAGCGAUCGAUUCAUUUGAUAACUUAAAAUAAUGGAGCGCAAGGGAGACUGUCAAGCACUGGAUCAGACUUAAAAAGAGUCAAUUACUUGAUCAGAUUAUAGUGAUCUACUUGCGAGGAGGAGGAAAAAAGUAAUUCUGCUCUCAGAGGGCGAAAUAAAAGAGGAUUGCUGCUGCUAAGUGUUCUGCUGGCUGGCUCCUGCACUAUCCCGGAGACUCUCUCCUUUUUAAUGUUUUUGAAUGUCACUCAACUGCUGAGCAGGUAAACACACUCAUGGUAGAUGCCAAAGGAAAGAACAUGAAAUGUCUCACUUUCUUCUUGAUGCUUCCAGAGUCAGUGAAGAUUAGGUCCAAUAAAGGUUCAAAGAAGGGGAGCCCCACAAACUCGAAGUUGCCUCCAGCGUGCUAUGAAAUUAUCACCUUAAAAACCAAGAAGAAGAAGAAGAUGGCUGCAGAGAUUUUCCCGACCAAGAAGCCAGCCAGUACCUCCUCGGUCCAGCAAUUCCAGCAGCAAAACCUGAACAACAACAACACCAUUCAGACAACCAACUGGCAAGGGCUGUACCCCACUAUACGGGAAAGAAAUGCAGUGAUGUUUAACAAUGAGCUGAUGGCAGAUGUUCAUUUUGUGGUUGGCCCACCUGGAGGGACUCAGCGGUUGCCUGGACACAAAUAUGUGUUGGCUGUGGGAAGCUCUGUGUUUCAUGCCAUGUUCUAUGGUGAACUAGCAGAAGACAAUGAUGAAAUCAGAAUUCCAGAUGUGGAACCUGCUGCUUUCCUUGCGAUGCUGAAGUACAUAUAUUGUGAUGAAAUUGAUCUGGGUGCUGAUACAGUACUGGCCACUUUGUACGCUGCCAAGAAGUAUAUUGUCCCUCACCUGGCUCGUGCCUGUGUCAACUUCCUAGAAACGAGCCUCAGUGCCAAGAAUGCCUGUGUUCUGCUGUCACAGAGCUGCCUUUUUGAGGAGCCUGACCUCACCCAGCGGUGCUGGGAAGUCAUUGAUGCGCAGGCUGAGCUGGCCCUUAAGUCGGAAGGCUUCUGCGAUAUCGAUACCCAGACACUCGAGAGCAUCCUGAGAAGGGAGACGCUCAAUGCCAAGGAGAUUGUCGUCUUUGAAGCGGCGCUAAAUUGGGCCGAGGCUGAGUGCCAAAGGCAGGAGUUGGCCGUGACCAUAGACAACAAGCGCAAGGUCUUGGGGAAAGCGGUUUAUCUCAUCCGAAUCCCCACGAUGGCUUUGGACGACUUUGCCAACGGGGCCGCCCAGUCAGGCGUGCUGACCCUCAAUGAGACAAAUGACAUUUUCCUGUGGUACACGGCAGCCAAAAAGCCGGAGCUGCAGUUUGUGAGCAAGCCGAGGAAAGGCCUGGUCCCCCAGCGCUGUCACCGCUUCCAGUCCUGCGCCUACAGGAGCAACCAGUGGCGCUACCGAGGCCGUUGCGACAGCAUCCAGUUUGCUGUAGACAAGCGGGUUUUUAUUGCUGGCUUUGGCUUGUAUGGGUCCAGCUGUGGCUCAGCCGAGUACAGUGCCAAGAUUGAACUUAAACGUCAGGGGGUCAUUCUGGGGCAGAACUUGAGCAAAUACUUCUCCGACGGCUCCAGCAACACCUUCCCUGUGUGGUUCGAGUACCCAGUGCAGAUUGAGCCCGACACUUUCUACACAGCCAGCGUGGUCCUCGAUGGCAACGAACUCAGCUAUUUCGGACAAGAAGGAAUGACAGAGGUCCAGUGUGGAAAGGUUACUUUCCAGUUUCAGUGUUCAUCUGACAGCACCAAUGGAACAGGAGUGCAGGGAGGACAAAUUCCAGAGCUGAUAUUUUAUGCCUGAAAUAUAGAACCUGAGUUUUUUUUUCAACCUGCUCUGGCAAAGUCUUGUUUUAAUUGUGUUUACUAAAACAACUUCAAUCAAACUUAUUUUGUACUGUUAGUGCUUUUAUCAGAAGAAGCAUGGUUAUACCCAACUGCUACUUAAAUGUACUAUGCAUUCAUCUGUUUUAUUUAUUUUGGUUCAGAAGCAAUUUUAUGCAAUGUGUUCUGCACUGAUUUUAAAGACAGGUGCAUUUCCGUUUAGCUCUAUAAUAUUAUAAACUAUUGACCCUUUUGUGGUGAUAUUAAAUAAGCUGGUCUUGUAUAGCUAUGCUGUAAAAAGGCAUUAAAUAUAUAAAAACACUGGUAAAAGUUUACUUUCACCUCAGAAAAAACUAAGCUGUGGCGUUCUAACAAAUGUUAGAAUUAGCACUGGAUUCUGCUGUUCGUCUUACAUAUUUUACUGUCUAUGUAGAUGUGUGUGUGUGUAUAUAUAUAUAUGCACUUAAUCCACGGCUGUUUUGCCUUCUGAAGAUACGAAUUUAAAAAAACUGGAGGAAUUUUAAAACUUGCCAAAAGAUUAGAUGUUUAUGGAUGUUGACUUGCCCAUAUAAGCACAGGCAUAAUGUAGCAACAACAAGCAGUACAUUGACUUAUAGUGGUUAUAAUUUUUUAACACUUAACCCUCAAGAGUACAUUUUAAAGUUAUAAUAGGACACCAAAGUUUUUACCUGUAAAAGGAUAUUUGUUCUUUUAAUGCAUUACCCACAGAACAUCUUGCAAUGCUGCUUGUCAGCAUUAGUGCUCUGUGUUGCAUUGUACGCGAAAAUUGAAAGACUCCAAAUAAGCCAAAUGCUUACAGACUCUUG